CAGAGGUGGGGUCCCGAGGUUGGCGGCCGCGUGGUGCUCGGGCUCCCCGCCGACCCGCUUCGAGACUUCGGCUGGCCGGUCCCUCUGGGCCGCGGUGUCCGGCAGUGCCACGCUGGAUGCAGCCCGCGACAGAGUUAGAGGUGACUAAGACGUAUACGGAAAUCAAGUCAUGGAUCCACCUUCACGUAAAGAAAAGCCCAAAGUUAAAGAGCCUGUCAGCAGAAUCGAGAAGGCCAAGCAGAAAUCAGCCCAGCAGGAGCUGAAGCAGAGACAGAGAGCAGAGAUCUAUGCCCUCAACAGAGUCAUGACAGAACUGGAGCAGCAGCAGUUUGAUGAAUUCUGUAAACAGAUGCAGCCUCCUGGAGAGUGAACCACCCCUGCGUUCACACUAGAUGGGACCCUGGAAGCUUUGUUUAUGAGCGUGUUACCAGUUUAAAGCUGAGAUGGCCCAUUUGGAGCCUUAUACAACUAGACAAGAAGAGAUUUGCGUUAUUCCUGAAACUGGAUAAAUCGGAAUUUCCUGUAUGUAACUUGCUUCACUAGAUCCUCCAAUCGGAAUUGGCCCAUUGCUUGCUGAAGAGACUUCUUCUAUUCUUCCAAGACAAUACAUUCUUUUUUUUUUUUUUAACUUUUUCUAUUGUUUGAAAAAAAAAAAUCAGUGUUUCUUCUGAAACUGUAAACCUUCUCCAAAAAUACAAAUAAAAUACUAAUAAAAUGUU